UUGUCAGAGCAAAUCCCAGACUGUACCCAAAACACAGAGAAGCAGGAUACACAGUGUACUAAACAGCAGCUUGCAACUUUAAUAAAUGUAGAUCCUGAAAACACAAUUGGUACUGUUAAAUCAGAAUGCACUGUUUUAAAGAAGACACAGCUGGCAGAGAUAAAUGAUCUCAGGGAGAAUAAGGAGGAAAAUAAGACCAUUGGAAAAAAGGAUUACGUGGAAAUGUCUGAGCGUGCAAAACUUAAGUCUUCAGUGUCUGUUGUUGAGGAGAGCAGAUACAAAGAUGAAGACAAACCGAGCAAGUUGUCAGGACUUUUGGAUGAGCAAUCUGUAGUUCUCAGGGAUGGAGAAACCAUCAGUAAUGUAGACCUGACAAAAGAAGUUGCUGAUGAGACACAGACAGAAAUCAAACAGGCUACUGUCAAUAUGACAUCAUCGUGUCCCAAUACAUCUGUCUUUUCACCCAAUGACUCCCAGGAUUACCUUCAGCUCCCUUCUGAAGUUUCUCCAGAGUCUAGUCACCUGGCCACUACAUCUUUUGUGCAAUCUUUACCUCAAACAGCAACAGAUAUGGUCAACAUUAAAAGUGAUCAAAAUCCUUACAUAGCAGAUAGAUCUAUUGAAGAUAAAAGAGCUGUUUCCAUCAAAAACAGAGUUCAGGACAUUGAGGUUAAAGAGGAAAGCAGCAAUGUGUCGGAAGGUGAAGAUGGUUUGCUGGGUCCAGAACAAGUAUCACAAGUUAAGAACAGUUUAUACAUCCAGUGUCCAGGUGUAAUCUCUGUACCUGAGAGCUCAUGUACAGUCAACUCUUUUAGAUCUCUGAGCCAAUCAGAACUCUCGGAAGAGGCAGAGGUCAUGUCUCAUAUCAUUCCAGAGCACAGAGAUGAAACAACCUGUGGAUCUUCAGAACACAGGCCACUUGGGACCCUCAGUUUGUAUCAAGCCGAACCAGAAUUCAAAACUCCUACUGAGGAAGGUUUCCCCCCUUUGCCUGAGAGUUUUUCACCGGAGAUCGAGGAUAAUUUUCCACCUGUACCUGAGAGUUUUUAUCCUGAGAUCGAGGAUAAUUUUCCACCUGUACCUGAGAGUUUUCCACCUGAGAACGAGGACAGUUUUCCCCCUGUGCCAGAUAUUUUUCCCCAUGAGAUCGAGGACCAUUUCCCCCCUGUGCCAGAGAGUUUUUCCUUUGAGAAUGAGGAGAAUUUUCCACCUGUGACUGAGGAGCCAGAAGAAUCAUCAGACUGCAGGCCCCCCAUUACAGAAGCUGCUGAGAAAAGUGAGCCUGUCCUCUGCUCACCAUCACCCCCACCACAGCACUCCGUCGCUCCUGCCCUCCCUGCCCACCUCCUCCACGACACAGAGUUCCCCACCCCGCCUCCUACCCCUACUGAGAGAGCUCCCCCUGAGCCUCCGACCCUUCUUUCAACUUCACUUUCUCCUGAUCUACCCGAGACUCCCCCUGUCGCUCCUAUUCCACAUCAGAUCCAACAGCUCCAGCACUGUGAACCUUCAUCCAGGAGUUCAGACUCGGACGGUGCUUUUGAAACCCCCGAGUCCACCACACCUGUGAAGUCUGCUUCCCCUCCAGUGCUACCAACAGAGCCACCUGGCACCACCUUAGAGCCAUUGUCCUCAGAACACACAGUUUCCACUGUUGACAUCUGUGCAUCUGACGAUCGUAACCCGGACUCCCCGCUUCCACCUCCAAGUCGCUCUCCGUCUACUGUUUUUGAUGAGGACAAACCAAUCGCUGCAAGCGGUGCCUACAACUUCGACAACUCAAUCACCCAUGACCCCGUCCAAGAAUCAAAUUUUGGGCCUGAGCAAAUUCGUACGCCCCUAACGCGCUCUUUAAGCCUACAGUCUGGUGACCUAGAGAGUCCAGGAGACAAAACCUCGGGAGGUGCUGACAAACCCUCUCACCCACGAACAGAAUCCUUCAGCAUUGGAACAGAGAGUGCUCCAGGAACUCUCCCCAGGGUGAAGAAGCCCCGUCCAGGGUCUCUAAAGAAAAAACCUCUUUCCAGGCAGAACUCAAACCCGAAACGUUCUUCACCCAAACCUGCUUCGUCCAGCAGCACGCCAGAAGAAAAGAAAAGGGAGAAACCACGGGCGGAAAGCCCCUUGCAAACCCAAGAAAGAGCAAGUGCCUCACCCAGCCCUAGUCCAAGUCCUGCUGGCACCUUGAGAAGGAACAGAAUAAAGUCUCGACUGGACAGUCCUCCACCAUUGGCUGAAGAGAUCACACCUAACCCCACCUCAAUAGCCUUUCAAAAGGUUGUUGAUCAGGUGUCUGAAGCCCUACCUGUCCCGGACGAGGACUCUCCAAUCCCUCCCUGUGGCUCCUACAAAUGGGAUCCGGAUAAUUUUGACAAUAUUGACCCAUUUUGUACCGGAGGAAGUAAAAUCGCCAACUCGCCAGUUUUGAACAGGAAAGCUGAUUUCACAAUAGUUUCAGACCCCCAUACAAGCACUUCGGUUUCUCUAGAGGAGCCCUGCCCCCCUGCUGCAGAAGAACCCGUCAACGCCGAGGAGCAGCCAAUCGUCAAGCGUCAACCUGUCAGACUGGAGUUUGACUAUUCUGAGGACAGUGGAGAGGUGUCACACAACGGUCCCCCUUCUAAAAAACUGGGCAAGAAGCCAGGGGCCAAGAUGCCCAUUAGAAAGCCAAAACUGGGGAUUAAAAAGGCUCCCCCAGCUAAGACAGAACAGCUAGACAAUGCUUCUGUCCCACCACUUUCAAAUGACAACGAUGAGAUUCCCAUUCCCAAAGCAUCGUACAACUUUGACCCUAGCAAGUGGGAUGACCCUAAUUUUAAUCCGUUUUCAUCAGCAAGUGGUGUCCCCAACUCUCCACGACUGUCCCAAGGAAACUAUAGCUUUGACACAGACUCCUUUGAUGUAUCUGCGGAUCCUUUCAAACCACCUAAUAAAAUCGGCAACUCGCCGACAAAAGCUGCCUCUUUUGACGUCUCAGCCAAUGAUAAUGAAAAUGACAACAUUGUUGAGUUGGAGAAUCACAACCUGAACAAACCUGGCAAAAUUAAGAAGAAGCCUCUUAAAUCCAACACCUUCCGAGUGAAGAAAUCUCCAAAGAGGUCUCCGAUUUCAGAGCAGACUGCACAAUGUUGUCCUGUGUGUUCUCCACUCUCACCCUCCACCUCACACCCACAUCUUCACCUGCAGGAACACACGCCUGACGCUAACCCUGACCCUUCACAGGAUCACGCUACUGAUGAGGAGAAACUGGCUUCCUCCACCAAUCAGAAGUGGGCGUCGCGACACGAAGUGGAGGCGGAGCUGAACUCUGACCCCCAAGACUUCCCCCAGCCGUCUGACUUCACAGCUUUUGUUAACAAGAACAGUUUACCCAAAGAAAAUGACGUUACGGACUAUGAGAUUGAAUACAUGGAGAAGAUCGGCACUUCUGCUCCUUCUCUCUCAGAACAGAAACCAUCGCUUUACCUAAAGCUGGACUCUGUGACAGGCAGUCCGAAGAAAAGCUCAAGCAUGCAAGAUUCUGAACCGAACUCACCCUGCACUGGGAGCUUUGAGGAGAUGGAGGCUCAGAUCUCAGAGGGGAAGUCACCAGUGUUGCCUCCGCGCAGCGCUCGCGAGCCGAAGUCCUCAGAGAAGAACAGAAAGAGAGAGAGUCAGCCUCAGAGUCGAACACAGAGCAACGAUAGCGAUGGAGCGACACCUCCCAUUCCUCUCAUCCCUCUCCUGCUCUCGGUCCCAUCGCAGUCCCCCAUCCAGGGCCCCAUGGACCCUUCAGAUCUGCCCCUCUUAGACAGGCUGUCUGAUUCAUCUACCCCUCUCAACUACCUGGAGCCGGACCUGGCAGAGACCAACCCCACCGCCUUCGCCCAAAAACUGCAGGAGGAGCUGGUGCUCGCAUCUCUGAGGAUAGAGGCUCUACAGGUAGCCAAAAACAUCUCUCAGAGCCCCUCUUUGUCCACUGUGUCCCCUCAGUCUCGCCUCAAGAAGCCCAUCCCGCACCGCUGGAAUCUCAACGGUUCUCACUUGGCUAAAAGAACCGCAGGAAAGUCCCCACAGACAGAUAUCAAACUCUGUCACAGGACGUCCCGUAUACCAAAGAGGGAAAUGGCUUCGCCGGGCGACAGCGGAGUUUCCAAGAGUUCCCUCUAUUCUCGAGCGGGAUACAGUGAAGGUGAAAGCCCUCAUCUGCCUCAUGACAUGGACAACUCACUGAGCAUUGCCCGAGAGGAGAUUGUUGUCAAAGAGAAAGAAGCCCUGGAGUGGAAGAGGAAGUAUGAAGAGAGCAGACGAGAGGUGGAGGAGAUGAGGAGAAUAGUUAUGGAGUAUGAGAAGACCAUUGCAGAAAUGAUCGAAAAAUCUUGUGUGCCUAUGGACGCAAACACUGAGGGUGAACAGAGAGAGAGGAAUCUGUCACAUCACACUAUCCAGCAGCUGAUUCUAGAGAAAGACCAGGCUUUGGCUGACCUCAACUCCGUGGAGAAAUCUCUCGCCGACUUGUUCCGUCGCUACGAGAAGAUGAAAGACGUUUUGGAGGGCUUCCGCAAGAACGAGGAUGUGCUAAAGAAAUGUGCCCAGGAGUAUCUGUCUCGUGUCCGUAAGGAGGAGCAGCGCUACCACGCUUUGAAGAUCCACGCUGAGGAGAAACUGGAUAAGGCGAAUGCUGAUAUCGCUCAUGUGAGAACCAAAGCUAAUCAGGAGCAGGCAGCAAAUCAGGCCAGUCUAAGGAAAGAACAAAUGAAAGUGGAUUCACUGGAGCGCACGCUGGAACAAAAGAACAAAGAGAUUGAAGAACUGACCAAAAUAUGUGAUGAGUUAAUUGCCAAGAUGGGGAAGAGCUAACCAUUAGACAAUUUUCUGCUCAUACAACAAUAGGACAAAAGAACAAUGAUCACACCAGAGUCGUGUAAAAAUGGAGGAAGAUUAAAAUGUUCACUAUCACUCUGAUGGAUAGAUCAAUGAAUUAACCACACAAACUUUGUAGAUCUCACACUACUGAUCUUCACAAAACUGGACUCCCCAUGAGGACCCGAUGAACACACUAGAGUCUGGUUGUAAUUAUGUUUUCUACAUUACUAUGUGUUAAUGUACACGUAUGUUGAGGGUCUUGUGAAAGUACUUUCCACCAGUUGAGAAUUUUUUUGAGAGUGUGUAUAGCUGACAGAGAGAAUAUGUGUGAGUGUGAAGUAACGAUUUCCGUUGCCAUGACAACCACUGAUCGAGCCGACUGUUAAAAUGAUUCCUGUGGUUCCCUCUUCUUAACCUACAAACAGAAAUGACAGUGAGACAGAGAAUAUAGAAAUAUAUAAUAUAAAGGAGUUAAUCAUUCAUUUGUCACAAAGUGAUGUUCACGAUUAUGAAAAAAUGCAUGUUGUAUGCCUUGACAGUUUUGUAAAUAUGAAAAAAGACUUGAAUAUAGUAAAGGAACACAACUGCGGGUUUUGAUACAGUUAGUUUGAUUUGCUGCUUUGCUUAUCUUUGUAGAUACUUGUUGUUGGUUUCGUUGCCUCCUAGCAAAACUGAUGUGCGAUUUUAUUUUUGGAUUUUAUAUUGGUAUAUCAAUGAACCCAGUUGUGACUGUCGAUGGUUCUGACUUGAACAAAUUUUAUCCGGAUUUGUCUUAGUCCAGCUAUAGCUGAUGUUUCAUACAGAUGUUCUGCCAGUUAUACAGGUGAUGCUUACAAAGUGCAAUAAAAGAUGGCAAUACAGA